UCGGGAGGAACCGUCGAGAACCGGCUUCUGCGAGUCUGAGGGGAGAAGACCUGAAGCCGCCAUGGCGCGCUCAGGGCCCCGGGGAGCCCUCCUCCUCCUCCUCCAGCUGCUGCCGCUGCUGCGCGCCGUGGGCGCCGUGCCCCUGGAUCGGGGGUCGCCCAGCCAGGACGAGAGCGCCGCCACCGAGAGCCCCGACACCGGCCUGUACUACCACCGGUACCUGCAGGAAGUCAUCAAUGUGCUGGAAACGGACGGCCACUUCCGGGAGAAGCUGCAGGCAGCCAAUGCCGAGGACAUUAAGAGUGGGAAGCUGAGCCGAGAGCUGGACUUCGUCAGCCACCAUGUGCGCACCAAGUUGGACGAGCUCAAGCGCCAGGAGGUGUCCCGGCUGCGCAUGCUGCUCAAGGCCAAGAUGGACGCCGAGCAGGAACCCAACGUGCAGGUGGACCACCUGGGCCUGCUGAGGCAGUUUGAGCACCUGGACCCCCAGAACCAGCACACAUUCGAGGCCCGCGACCUGGAGCUGCUCAUCCAGACGGCCACCCGGGACCUCGCCCAAUAUGACGCAGCCCAUCAUGAGGAGUUCAAACGCUACGAGAUGCUCAAGGAGCAUGAGAGACGCCGCUACCUAGAGUCCCUGGGAGAGGAGCAGAGAAAGGAGGCAGAGAAGAAGCUGGAGGAGCAACAGCGCCGGCACCGAGAGCACCCCAAAGUCAACGUGCCUGGCAGCCAAGCCCAGUUGAAGGAGGUGUGGGAGGAGCUGGAUGGAUUGGAUCCCAACAGAUUUAACCCCAAGACCUUCUUCAUACUGCAUGAUAUCAACAGCGAUGGCGUCCUGGAUGAGCAGGAGCUCGAGGCGCUUUUCACCAAGGAGCUGGAGAAGGUGUACGACCCCAAGAACGAAGAGGAUGACAUGCGUGAGAUGGAGGAGGAGCGACUGCGCAUGCGCGAGCACGUGAUGAAGAAUGUGGACACCAACCAGGACCGUCUGGUGACCCUGGAGGAGUUCCUCGCCUCCACGCAGAGGAAGGAGUUCGGGGACACGGCGGAGGGGUGGGAGACGGUGGAGAUGCACCCGGCCUAUACGGAGGAGGAGCUGAGACGCUUCGAGGAGGAGCUGGCGGCGCGCGAGGCUGAGCUGAACGCCAGGGCGCAGCGGCUGAGCCAGGAGACCGAGGCCCUGGGGCGCUCGCAGGACCGCCUGGAGGCUCAGAAGAGAGAGCUGCAGCAGGCUGUGCUGCAGAUGGAGCAGCGCAAGCAGCAGCAGGGACAGCAGCAGGAGCAGGAUGGCGGCAGCCGGGCCCCCAACCCCGCGGCAGGGCAGCUCAAGUUCCAUCCCGACACAGAUGAUGCACCUGUGCCAGCUCCAGCUGGUGACCAGAAAGAUGUAGACACAUCAGAGAAGAAGGCUCCGGAGCAGGCCACAGAGGCAGCCCGGCCUGAUUCCCCGCCCCUGUGAGCCCUCGGGGAUCCCAGCCCUUCCACUCCUUCAGAGCUCACUGGUGGGAGGCAGAGGACGUUUGGCCAUCAGCCAUGGCGGGAGCCAGCAGUUGGCACGGCCUCCUGGGGGUGGGCAUGCACUGGCCAAUCCCGCAUGGCUGCCCGCCCUGCCUACCCUGCCCACUCCACGCGCAGUC